AUGACAACUACUAUGGCAGACGACUUCGGACUAGUUUCAUCUAAAGAAAGUCGUCAUUUGCCACAGGAUGUUACAGAACUCCGCAUACUUGCUACCCAGAUGGCCUCAGCGCUCAACGCCAGUGAGGUCAAUGCUCAGCGAGAGCGCGAGCUCCGGCAGAGCAUUGAGGAUGUUACUUUGCAAUUGGAGCCCUUUGAGAAGGCAAGUCUUGCGUUUUAA